GUUUAUUAUCAGUCCCCUUCGAAUCUAGGUUAGACAAAACGAGGCUUCGCCAAACCCCUCAACAUCCAUCAUCGCCACAGCCUCACCUCUAUCAAACUUUCCACGAACGACCAAUCCGAUUCAUCACCACGAUAAAUAAAGUCAGACUUUGACUUUGGUGCGCCAAAUACACUCCCAGCCCUGAAUAAAGAACACAUCACCAUCUACAUAUUAUUCCCCUCACCAUGGCCGAACCAACUUUCUCUCGUCCUCACCACCCCCGCCGACUUUGCCCAUGGAAAAUAUGCGCUCACAGCCUUUGCCAGUUGAACCAGCCAGCGUGCCGGCUCAGAAACAAGCCCCGGAUCGCCAGUUCCUCAUGUUUCCAUACCUCCACCAAGAUGUCAGACUCUUAAUCUGGGAGGCAGCACUGCGUCCGCGGCCGUCGAAGAACUACAAUGCGGUACAUAGCUUUCGAGUGAACUUUUGGGAGGCCGAGGAUCCGAGGUCACACGAGAUGAGUGACGUUGGUCACAAGAGUCCGCAAAUCUUUGGAUAUCGAGUCAUGGAGGAGCUGGAGAGUCAGAAGAUGGCAAACGCGCUCGAAGCCAUGUCAAAUUGCUCUGAAGAGCUGAAAUCUGUGGUUCAUUGGGACUACGGGAUGUGGAAAGCUUGUGUUGAGUCUAGAUGGGUCAUUAGCCGACGGUUUCGACAGAAGCAAUGGCAAGAACUGAAGAUGAUCGUCUUGGAGGACCUGCAAACCGCACCCGAAAAGAUUCACGAGCCGUACACGAUAGAGAGGGCGUGGCAGAAGGAGAACAAGUUGAUGAAGAACGGCGGCCGGGAAAGUAUAAGCCAAUGGUACAGAGACUUCGUAUCGGUAGUCAACAUAGACGGCAUGUUCAACAACAUUGUUGCGACUCAUCCGGCGAGAGAUCUCUUCAUGAUCCAAGAUGAACGAUGGAUGUCUGAAUGUACACGCCUAGCCACGGUCAGAGAACAAGAGAACAACGCAAUUCAGCUCUUUCGGGAGAACGCCAUCUCCGCGACAAGCAACGGCUUUCCCAUCAUGGGAAACAUCGGCUUCGUGUACGAUAGAUCCUGGUCCAAUGGUAUCACGCGAAACGACCCGCGUCCCACGACAUUGAUGGAGCAGAGAUCCAGGAAUAACCCAAGAGGCAACUUCCUGCUCCUGCUGCACCUCUGCGUCGUGCGGAUGUUGAGGCUGCGACUUUGGCUCAUCGAUGAGGAAUACGACCCGUGCCACACAUGCAAGACGAAGGAAGAUGCUGAAGAGGAGGUCGACGAGGAGAAGAGGGAUCGAAAGAUGUUCUACCGCUAUGGGGAGGAGGAUCUGGUCGAGGUUGAUAUCAAGCCCAAUGUGAUGUGGGUGACGGUCGAGAAUGUGAGGGGUAUUCUUGCUAGUUCAUGCGGAUUUGUUCAAUACCUCAGCAGCGAUCGCAUUGUUGGCAAUCCUGCGUUCAACCCAGAUCCUAGGGCUAAGCCUUUCGAUGUUUGGAAAUGUGUUGGUGUUCUUGCGCCGAGGUCUAGGACUCCUUAUUGAGUGAUUGAAGGUGGAAGGGGUGUUUGUCGUU